UCUCUCUUUGCGAACCCCAAACUAACUUCUCUCUCUCUCUCUCUCUCCUCCGGUUUCUCGUUUGACAGUUCAGUCUUAUCUUUCUCUCUAGGAUCCUGAACUCAGAGAGAGAGGUGGUUCUCUUCCGGCGUCAUUCUAGGGUUCCGUCGUUUUGUUCGAGUUUGAGUUGCAGAGAUGAAGGAAGAGUAAUCGAUAAGAUUUGAUUGUCUCCUCCUCCUUUGAGCAUCCGGAGAUUCUUUCUUUCGUUUUGAAGUGAGGAUUCUUAAAAUGGCAGCUAAUAGAUCCAAGUCGGAGAAGAAGGAUGCGGAGAAGCAGCUACGGCGGGACCCUUACGAGGUUCUAGGCGUCUUGAAGAACUCUACGGAUCAGGAGAUUAAGAGCGCUUAUCGGAAACUAGCUCUCAAGCUAAUUCUCUCUUUGGAGAUUAACAAGUUAAUUCUCCUGCUUAAGCCUCGUUCCUGAGAUCAAUGCUUGGUUGUUUCAGGUACCAUCCUGAUAAGACUGCAAAUGACCCGGUUGCAGCCGACAUGUUUAAGGAGGUCACCUUUUCCUACAACAUCUUGUCUGACCCCGAGAAACGCCGCCAGUAUGACACUGCUGGUUUUGAGGCCGUUGAAGCAGAAGGCCAAGAGCUGGAGCUGGAUCUCUCAAGUUUAGGAGCUGUGAAUACUGUCUUUGCAGCUUUGUUUAGCAAACUUGGUGUGCCGAUUAAAACAUCUGUAUCUGCAACUAUAUUGGAGGAGGCCCUUAAUGGCAGAGUUUCAGUUGAUCCUCUUUUACUUGGACAAGCUGUAACCAAAAAGGUUGAAAAGCAAUGUGCACACUUUUAUGCUGUCACAGUAACAGAAGAGGAAGUAAGUUCUGGGCUGGUCUGCAGAGUUGAAUCAUCUAGCAAAAGCAAAUUCAAGUUACUUUACUUUGAUCAAGAAGCCAAUAGCGGAUUGAGCUUAGCCCUGCAGGAGGACAGCAAAAGAACUGGCAAGAUAACAUCUGCUGGAAUGUACUUUCUCGGUUUCCCUGUCUACCGGUUGGAUCACACCAACAAUUCGAUGGCUCAAGCAAAGGAUCCAGAAACUGCCUUCUUUAAAAAGCUUGAUGGAUUUCAGCAAUGUGAACUUACUGAGCUAAAGGCCGGAACACAUGUCUUUGCUGUCUAUGGUGAUAAUUUUUUCAAAAGCGUGAACUACACAAUCCAAGUUCUUUGUGCUGCCUCUUUUACUCAAGAAAAAGAAGACCUUAGGUCUGUAGAAGCUCAGAUCCUCACUAAAAGGGCAGAGCUUGCAAAGUUUGAGACAGAGUACAGGGAAGUACUUGUGCAGUUCACCGAUAUGACCAGUAGAUACGCUCAGGAAAUGCAAUCGAUCGACGAGCUUCUGAAGCAGAGAAAUGAAAUUCACUCAGCUUACACAACAGCUCCAGUGAUAAAGCGGAGCUCAAGCAAGAACAGACUGAACAGGCUGAGAAGGAACUCGUUCAAAAAGGCAGCGGCUGAGGCGCCGGCACCAACUGAACAGGAAGAAGAAGAGGACGAGGAGGAAGAGGAAGAAAGCAGCAGAGAGAGGAACAAGAAACCAAGUCCUUCGGAUAAGUCUGAGACACUAAAGAAGAAAAGCAAAUGGUACAAAUUACAUUUGAAAUUGGACAAGAAAAAACCUUGUUAGCCUUUCUUUAUCAUCGUUGCUUUCUUUUCUUAAAUACAUUUAUGUUUUCCUCCCUUUACCUUAGGCAUGUUGUAUCUGUAAAUCAUUUGAUAUUUUCUCCAACUUAUCAUUCGUAUUAAUCAACUCUUUAUUUUUGACAAUUA